AUGAGCGACGAGCAGGCACUCAAACGACUCCUCUACGGAGAUGUCGUCACAGGUUUCUGCCGACAAGGAGGCCAAGUUCGUCGAUACAAGGACACUCUGAAGACUUCCCUGAAGCGUCUGCAGAUCAACCUGGCCAACUGGCGGGAAAUCGACCAAUCUGGUGGGGGACAGUGAAGACAGACGCAAGGAUCUACGAAACCAACCGCAUCACCGCUGCCAAGGCCAAACGCGACUCUCGCAAAUCCCAACUGCACCCAACUAGCAAUGUCAACGCUCAACCACCCCCGACCUGCCCACGAUGCCAGCGGACGUUCCGGGCAGCAAUCGGCCUUGUAGGACAUCUUCGUACCAACUAUAGCACCCGGACUAGAUCAGCUGCUGUCUCCUCGUCCAACUCUCUCUCAUCUUCCACGCCGACAACUAACAUUAACAACACUCCCGAACCCCCACUACCAUCCUCCCCCUUCCUCUUCCUCCUCUGUCUUCUCAACAUCCGCUACGGCGGCUUCUGUGCCCACCACGGCUGCACACAAUCCUGACACACCAGCAAACAUUAACCCGCCACCCCCCACCAACAGUCCCAGUGACGUUGACUUUUUCCAUACCUUUUCUCAUUGCCACCGCACUUCCACCUCACACAUCGGCCUGGUCGGUCACUUGCGAAUCCAUCGCACAGAGGCUGACGAACCAGUGCCUGGGGCACCAACCUACACUCACUGCAUUCGCCUCCACUGUUCACAGUGUCCCCGAGCAUUCAUCCACCGCGUGGCUCUAUUCGGUCGCAUGCAUGUCCAUAACACACCUAACGCCUACUACACAUCCACCAUGCCUAGCUCCACCCACAUCCCGCCGCCCAACACACCCGUCACCAUCAGCUCCACCACAUUCAGCAUAUCUUGCACAUCUACCAUGCUCAGCUUAACCCACGCUCCGUCGUCCAGCGCAUCCACCAUCAGCAGCUCCACCACCGCCAAAAUCUCCGAAGCCGACACCGACACUGCCGGUUCUUCUAGCCCAUACUGUUCCCGUACAUUAACCUCAUGCAUCAGCCUGGUCGGCCACUUGCGAACCCACAAUGCCGCACAGAGACUGGCGAACCAGUGCCAGGAUCACCCACAUACACUCGCCGCAUCCGCCUCAGCUGCACUAACCGCACCAGCACCUUCGUCCACCGCAUGGGCCUAUUAGGCCACAUGCGCAUUCACAAAGACCUGCGGUCGACAACCGCCGGUUAAACCACACCAUCACAUCUUCCCUACCGACACCUGCACCACACAACAUAAUCAUAUACAUAUUGACCCAACUGUGAAAAACUCGGCGCCUCGGUGGGAUUCGAACCCACGCAGUAAGGGGAAGGCCUUAGCACAGCCAACGCUCUAACCACUCGAGCUACGAGGCCCCGCCGGACGACGCGAGUUUAAUCACAUUUGGGUCAAGUUACCCCCCCAACCUACUGCAACGUCUGGAAUCCACCAAAUCUGAUACAGUAAGUUGACUGCCCAAGCAGGAUUUCCUAAGUAAUUCACCUAGAAUCCACCAGAUUACUACCAGGCUCGCGUAAUUCAUUGAUAUUUUGGCAGAUUUUGACUAAUUCUUAUUGACCCAACUGUGAAAAACUCGGCGCCUCGGUGGGAUUCGAACCCACGCAAGCAUCCAAUUUCCACCUCCUACGCAAGUGGGAAGUGUACGCUUCGGCUCCGUCUCCAUGCUGCUUCCUUGUUGUGUGUGUGAUUCGAGUCUAAGGCUAUCUCGGUGCGUCAAGCGCGGUGACUUGGACGGCUGCUGAUUGACGUCCCAACUCAGCCCGCGCAAUCGGCUAAUUUGUGUGUUUAUGUGUGGAGUGCCGAACUGGUAGACUGAGAGCCAGACUGAAGCGGCCCCUUCUUAACGUAACCUACGGCACUCUCACGCAUGUGAGAUGCAUGCCGCCCAACCCCCGUUGUGUGAAGUCCUGGUGCUUGUGUUUGGGGGGCCAGGUCGUGCAUGUGACGCACGCAAACAAGGUCACUAGAUAUGUCAGCCACCGCGUCCAUUCCCCACAUCCGUCAGUUGGCCGGCUCCGAGAGUGACUGGGGCAUGAGACGGAAGGGAGGGUGAGGUGGACGAAUCAGCGCAUUUUCCUCCCUAUAAACAGUCUGACGCGCUUGAAGCUAUCACGGUGUGCUAAAAGCCGUGGCUCGGAGGGUUGUCAACUGACGGGAUAAAUUGGACCUCGCAGUCGGCCCAGUGUUGUUUGUUUGUGUGGAGUGUCCUGCUGGUGGUCUGAGAUUCAGGCUGCAAUGGCUUCUCUCUAAUGUGGCCUUUAUGGCACUCCCAGUCCGUGGGAUCCGAGCCAGGUGUGGCGGCACGCCUAGGUGCGACUCCGGCCGUGCCAGCCACACUUUUGUUGUUGGUCGAAAACCUGGUAAUUUGCUAUGUGGACCAGGGGCUGUGGAAUGAAGCGCCAAGGCCCGGGUUCGACCGCGCCAUCCAUCUGCGUCCACCUCCGCCUCCGAACUCCUUGGUUCUGUGCAAUGACUUACCGUACUAGCAACACAGGUAUUAGCGAAAUGCCCAGACACGCGUGUUUAGCCGAUCUUAUGCCGCUGCCUGACGCAGCUGCGAGGGGUUCUGCUCGUCAGUGGGUCCCCCGGCUUUCCCCGUGUGUUUUCUGGUAUAUGAACUCCAGGUUCAACUUGCUUUGGCUAUGUCCUGACAUCGGGUGCAGGUGGGGAGGUGAGAGUGCGGAAGAUGCAGCGAAAGUCUACAUUCACACGCAAAUCACCGUGUCUAUUUCACCUUGUUGUCGGUUUGGCGACCGAGGGUGUAUCCAAAUCACCUUCUCCUGCUUAGGAAGACGGAAGAACGUGUUGGUCUGAAUGAGGCGGUGUUCUGCGCGGGUUUGCGGGAGGAGCAGACCGUUGUCAUUGCAGUCGGCGAUUCCAUGAGGACCUAGCGUUUCGCUCCAGACAGGACAGCCUGUUCCGACGCGGGCACUGAAGUCACUAGGGGCCAUAAGCUUAUUCGCUUUUGGCACAGACACCAGGAGGGCGUGCAGGUCCUCGUCGAACUUGGUCUUCUCCUCGUCUGAGCCGGACAUUCGUUGGGGCGUAGGUGUUGAUGCUGGUGGCGAAGCUACCUCCCAGGAGAGGAUGACGGAGGCUCAUCAGGUGGUCGUUGAUGCUCUGCGGCAAACAGGGCAUUCGUUCCACGAUGUCGUUCCAAAUGGCAAAGGAGACGCCCGUGCCUCGUCGCCCUGCCCUUGGGCGACCGCUCAGAAGGAGUCGCAGUCGGCACCCACCUCCUCUAGUUGGCCUUCUUCGGAGGAACAGGUGUUGCUGGGUGCAACAAUGUCCACCUUCUGGCGCGUCACUUCUCGAGACAGUAACGUCGUCCUCCGUGCCAGUCUGUUGUUCCUGGCAUUGUCGAAACGCGAACGAAAAUUCGAGACUGUCUGA